AUGGUUGCCCCCAACGUACUCAAGUUCGAUGCUGAGGGUCGAGCAGUAGAUUUUGAGGUCUGGGUCGAUGAUCUGCAGCUGUUCCUACAGUGCGAUAGCAAAGAUCAGGUCUCGCUUUUUUAUCUCACGUCUGGCGCCUCUACUGCAACUGCUGCCACUGCUAAUAGUAAUGUUCGCUCACAGUGGACCACUCGCGAUGCUGCUACUCGCCUUGCUAUUCGUAGUCACCUGCCGUCUGCUGAGAGCGCGCAAUUUAGUCAGUACAAGACCGCUAGGACUCUGUACGACGCUGUUGUUGCGCGCUACUCCUCCCCUGCCACUGCUGCCCUUAGUCGCCUCAUGAUGCCGUACCUGUUUCCUGACCUAACCGCUUUUGCCACAGUCGCUGACCUCAUCACGCACCUCCGCACUAGUGACACCCGCAACCGCGCUGCGCUUCCUGCCGACUUCUGUGCCAAGAACCCCCCCCCUAUGUACAUCACUCUCUACUACCUCGUCACCUGGCUCUCUGACUCCCUUUGCUCGGUCAAGGAUCACUUCCUCUCCCCUUGCCCCACCGAGCACACCGUUGACCUCCUUGAGGAGCGCCUCCUUGCGGCUGAGAAGAGUAUAAUCGCUAUAGGGGCCUCUCGUGGUGACCCUCGUGCCCCUUCCUUUGAAGGGUGCUCCCCCUCUCCCCUCUGCUGCCUCUACUACUGCUGUCGACCUCGUUGGCACAGAUCGGGGGUUGCUAUCUUUGAUCUUGACUUUGAUGAUAUCCUUGCUGCUAUGUAUGCUGUGUCUAUUAGUGCGAAGGGUGACUAUUACCUGUGUGUUCCGCCCGACCCGGGCAUUGAGGCUGCUGCGCUAGGUGCUAGUGACUCUACUGCUCCAAGUGAUGUCGGCCUGUGGCAGUCCUUGGCGGACCCCUCUGGGGGACCAGUUGUCGCCCGUUCCUCCAGUGUUCUCCCGUGUCCUACGGCUCCGUCUGGCUCGCUGUCUGGUCUUCACCUCCCCUCGUUCUCUACGAACUUGGUGGCAGGUGCUGAUCUUCAGGAUGGGGGUGUUCACCAGUUCACCCCUGCCUAUCAGCGUGUGACACACUGCACGUGUGCUCAGACGGGUCGUCACCUGGCCACGUUCACCCGUCGGCCAGGGUCCAGCCUGUAG